AUGGGACGGAGGCAUUCGGAGAAAAAGCAAAAGUUCCUUGCUCGCAAAUACUCGCGCAGACUGUCGAUGUUUGCUCUGGCGUUAUCGCUUGAUAAGUUAGAACACAAGCCGAGUGUCAACAGUGUUAUCAUGUCGUGUGGUGGAGUUAACAAAGUCAAGCUGGAGGACCUAAAUACUUUGGAGGGUACCGAGAGCGUGGCGGCUAACGUCAGCGUGGAGGCUGAGGAGUGCUUGCUGAAGAAUUUCAAUGUGUCGGAGGAGUAUUGCCCCGCGUAUCAUGACGGCCUGCUGUGCUGGGACCCCACGCCGUGGAACACACUUGCAGUCCAGAAGUGCUUCAGUGUUUUCCAUGGAGUACAAUACGAUGACACACAAAACGCGACCCGCCUCUGUCUCAACGGCGAGUGGCAGAACUACUCCAACUACGUCAACUGCACGGAGCUAAUAGCCAAUGUGUCCCCCAUCGACGUCAACAAAAACGCGACCCGCCUCUGUCUCGACGGCGAGUGGCAGAACUACACCAACUACGCCAACUGCACGGAGCGAAUAGCCAACGUGUCUCCCACCGACGUCACCAGCCUCAUCUACCUGAGCGGCUACUCGCUAAGCCUGGCCGUGCUGUCGCUGGCAGUCUUCGUCUUUUUAUACUUUAAGGAUCUCAGAUGUCUAAGAAACACAAUACACACAAAUCUCAUGUCAACGUAUAUUUUAUCAGCAUGUAGUUGGAUAUUAAAUUUAGCUUUACAAAAUUGGUCGGAUGAAGCGCAGCAUGAACAAACGUCGUGUAUGAUACUCGUGAUAUGUAUGCACUAUUUUUAUCUUACUAAUUUCUUCUGGAUGUUAGUUGAAGGUCUAUACUUGUACAUGCUAGUCGUAGAAACUUUCACAGCAGAAAAUAUAAAAUUAAAAGUUUAUACUACCAUUGGUUGGGGUGCUCCAGCAGUAUUCAUCACGGUAUGGGUGAUAUCCAGGUGUUUGGUCAGCAUCGUGCCUUCGACAGACCCCGACGGGUUAGCAAUAAUGGGCGACACGAAGAUGUGCUUAUGGAUCCACGAGCACCAGGUGGACUGGAUCCACAAGGCGCCGGCGCUGGCGGGGCUGGCUCUCAACCUGUUCUUCCUCAUUAGGAUUAUGUGGGUAUUAAUAACAAAGCUGCGGUCAGCGAACACGCUAGAAACGGAGCAGUACCGCAAGGCCACGAAGGCGCUGCUAGUCCUCAUCCCACUGCUGGGCAUCACCAACCUGCUGGUGCUGUGCGGGCCCAGCGACGACUCCUGGUUUGCCCACGCCUUCGACUACACGAGGGCACUCAUGUUGUCGACACAAGGUUUCACAGUAGCGCUGUUCUACUGCUUCAUGAACACGGAGGUCCGGCAUGCGAUCCGGUACCAUGUAGAGCGGUGGAAGACUGGACGGACCAUCGGUCGGGGGCGACGGAGGGGCGCCUCCUACUCCAAGGACUGGUCGCCGCGGUCCAGGACCGAAAGCAUUAGGUUGUACAGCCACCCUUCGAAGCGAGAGUCGGCGGCGUCGGAGACCACCACCACGACGCUGCUGGUGCCGAGGACCUCGCUGGCGCUGCACUAUGAUGGACGGCAUCUGCAUGCGGAUUACAUCACAAGCGGGAGUGCGAGCGGAGACCAGUCGCCGGUGUGAGGCGGGGGGCGGGGGAGGCUCUCUCGCCUGCGCACCCUUCCUGAGGAGGACGCGCCCCUCGAAGCGACCCCCGCCUCCCCCGCCUUCCCUGCAUCAAAUGACCCCAACAUCCCCGUGAUCACAGUCCCCAAAGAUCUAGCGAACGCUUGUGAUGCGAAAUCUAACGGACCUUUUACAAACCGGACUGACGUCGGUUCUAACUUGUUCGAUUAAUGCAUUUAAUAGAUCUUAAACUCAUUUAUAAACUCAAAUUUUCACUUAUACGUAAAUACAUAACUACAUUGCUAUCGAUGGUUAAAAGUAAUUUUGAAUUGAUGUAUAAAAUUUAGAUUAAGUACUUAGUUCAUUGUUAUGCAACGACGUAUUGUGUAUUUUUUAUUCGUUAACAUAUUCUCUGUAAUAUUUUAGCUGAGUAAUUACCUAAUAUAAAAACUUAGCCGUAAGUUAUAUGUAUUUAAUAGAUCUAAAAGCUAAAAAAAGUGUGCCAUAACGAUGGCCGUUCGGGCUAAAAAGUUCUAGGAUAAAACUCUAUCUUGGCUAGCCCCUAGCCUACCAGUAACAUAAUUCAGCUAUGCGAAUCCUCAUAGUGGUGUGAAUUAGGUAACCUCCAUACCUCCAACCUUGGGUAUACCUCCAUAUAACACUAAGUAAAUGAUUCACCAAUUCACCAUCUUAAAUACAUUUUCAUCUCAUCAAGUAGGUAAUCAAUUGUAAAUAAUACUUUGUUGUAAUAAGGUGUUUCUGGUACAUUUAUCUAACAAAAGGAAACAUUAUGAGUAAUAUGAGUCGUGUUAUUUGACUCAAUUAUGACUAACAUAUUACUUGAUAUUUACUUUUCCGUAGGUAAAAAAGGUAAAAUGAAUUCUUCGCUUGCUUUUUCUCGUGUUCCACUUUCGUGUGGUUUCAGGUUAUUUAACAAUAUUGAAAAAAAUUAUGAGUAAAAAAUAACAAUGAAGCUGUAUCGAUAAGUAUACUUUAAUUAAUAUAAUUGGCUCUACUGUUCAUAAAGUAAACGAACAAAUAUGUAGUUUCAAGGAAUGUACGUACAUAAAGUUAAUGCAUUUUCUUUUUUCUGUAGGAUAUUAAGUUUUAUAUUCAAUACAUUUAUUUGAUUGUUUAUAUUUUUAUGGUUAUUUGAAAAUAAUAACUUGUGAAUAGCAUUCGUAUUGUAAUUUACCGUCAGGAUGAUUAUUUCUAUUUGUUAUUAUUAGAUUUAACGUAGUUUUAAGACACAAAAUCGGGAAACAAAGCGCUAUUUGUAAUAUAAAAUUAUAAUAGCAUAUCUUAAAAUUAGAAAUUGACCUUUUAGAAAGAUAUUUAUUAGGUAUUUGUGUAGUAUACAAAUUUUAUUAGAUGUAGAUCAAAAUUUGGAACAAAUUAAUUUGACCUUGAUUGGGAAAUUCUGUAAAAAUUCGCUUUUAUAAUUGGUCAACGGUAGGUACGACGAAUGCUGAUGUAUAUUCACUUGUAAUUUUUAAUGAAACAUACUCGUUUAUAUAAAUGUAUGUAAAUAACACAAAUACUUAGGCUAUCAUUAAUAAAGUCCAUGAAAAGAUGUUUAUUGAAUAAACUCAUUAUAUUUAUGUGUAAAUAAUAAAUAUUGUAGCCUCAUAAGCUUUGCAAGUAUGUAUCGACUGACCAGCGUAAGCGCAAAUACAGUAAAUAAAUUACCCUUUAUGGUUUAUGGGGGAUUAAAAACUAUAUAACUAUAGUCUUCAAUGCUAUGCCAUUUAAAAACUAUCUUCAAUAUUUAUUUCUAUGAAUGUAAAUAUGACUAUAGUAGUAAUUGACAGACUAUUAUACUAAAUCUUAUUAUAAAAUAUUGUACAGCCAAUAUCUCUGUGUUAUUUGAAGUCAAAUGUACCUACAUUUGCCUACUUUAAAUAAA